AUGGCUGCCAGCGAGUCGUCCAGGUUCCUGGCAAGGUCACUGCCAAGAGCUUUUGCACCAUCUUCUCGUCUUCAGAGCGUUUGUUGGCGCCGCAAUGCCUCAGACCAGGCAUCGUCUAAGUCCCCAAUUAGUGAUCUGGAGUCGUCGAGCUCUCUGAGUGCCAGCGUGACGGAAGAUAUUGUGAAGUCAUUUGAUCCAGUAGCGAGGUCAAGAGCGCGCAAAACACAGUUGCCUCGGAGUCGUUAUCAGUUCCGUUCACCCAAAUACGACCGUGGUCCUCUACACCCUCACAGACCUCCUCCACCAUCAGAUCCCUCUUCUCGACUUUUUGUUCCUGGUCCCUUUUCACUUCCCAGAGUAACACAGACUUGGGAAUCGACGAUCGCUCCAGAUAUUCUCACCCUCUGCUACGUCCACACCCCUCCCGGUUUCACACCCCCACCGAAGGGUUCUCGUCUCCGUGAGUGGGACGACAGCUCUCCUUACCACAAGAACCGACCCCUGCGUGGACCUCGUGGCGGCGACGUUCUACGACUGCUCCGCAAGCCCAUCACUUUCAACAACAUCCCCCAGCUGGAGCGCAUCACCAUCCACAGCUACGUCAAGCAAGCUGCUACGGAGAACUCGUCCUGGCUUCAUGUCGCCGGUAUGGCCGUUCAGGCUAUCUCCAAUGUCCGCGUCCAGACAUAUAAAUCAAAGUCCAGUGUUGCCACUUGGGGUAUUGCGCCUGGCAGAGACACCGUCGCGGUGAAGGCGGAACUGCGCGGUGAGGAUAUGCUCCACUUCUUCGGAAAGUUAGUCGAUGUUGUUCUGCCUAGAAUCAAGGACUGGGAAGGUGUCAAGGGUACCAGUGGUGAUAGCAGCGGAAACAUCACGUUUGGUCUUGAGCCCGAGAAUGUGGCUCUUUUCCCUGAAAUCGAGGUCAACUACGACAUGUACCCACCAAAGAUGAUCCCCGGUGCUCACAUCACGAUCCAUACAACUGCCAGAACCGACAAGGACGCCCGUCUUCUCCUCAGCGCCAUGGGUAUUCCCUUCUAUGGAAAGCUGGUUGAUUAG